AUGGAUUGUCCAGCGAAAAUUAUCCUUCGAGAUAUUAUUUCCUUUCCAGAUUACAAGAUAGACAAGUUAACUGAAUGGAAGAAGAAAAACUGCGCCAAAAAGUUGAAAAAUGACUGGGCAGCUAAUAAAUCCCAAGUGAAGACCAACAGAAAAAUUUGGAUAAAAAUAUUAGAUUGUCACGCAGACCAUUUGCAAGGAGAGCGCGGUGGUAUCAGUCAACAAGUCGAUUCAAGAAUAACAACGAAAAUUCACGCACUCGUUGGUCAAGGAGUAAGGCAAGUAAAAGAGAUGGAAAGACACAUAAAGAUAUAUGUUCAAAAUGAGUUGUUUUGUGAUAAAAUGCUUCCUUCACCAACAAACAGAAGAUUUUUUCCCACACGACGUGACAUCACAAACCACAUGUACAUAAGCACAACAAAGUUACGUUUAUCAAAAAUCGAUCAAGAAAACUUAGCAUUGAAAAUAGAACAAUGGAAAAAGCAAGCACCUACCGACAACUUCUUUUUUAGAGGUUAUGGUGAAAUACUUGAAAACACACAGCAAAAUCAUAACAAAGACAAUAAAGAAGAAGUAAAAGCAUCCAAUUUAUCAACAACAUCUAGCAGACUAUUAUUCGUCCAUCAAACCUCGAAUCAAAGAAGACUCUACGAAAUGUACGGAGAUCGUGUCUGUCUUCUUGAUGCUACGUAUAAGACCACAAAGUACUCGUUGCCUCUUUUCUUCAUCGCUGUCAAGACAAACGUAGAUUACCAAGUGGUUGGCUCAUUUGUAGUUCAAGAUGAAACUACAAAAUCUAUAACAGAAGCGCUGAUGAUGUUUAAAAAUUGGAAUAAAUCUGUCGAACCAAAGAUAUUCAUGGUUGACAAUUGUGAGGAGGAGAUCAUUUCAGCUGAGCAAACUUUUUCAGGUGUUAUCGUGUUGCUGUGUGACUUCCAUCGUGAGCAAGCAUGGGACAGAUGGCUAUCCGCAACUGCUAACGGUCUGAGAUCACAGAAAUCAGAUGCACUGACAUUGCUGAGAAAUAUCGCUAGCUCAGAAUCCGAACAAAUGUACAAACAUCAUGUCGAAUUGUUAAAAGAAAGCAGUAUCUGGCUUGCUGAGAACAGUAACAAAUUCCGAAGAUGGAUUUCCACUACUUGGUUGCCUUGUCACAAACGUUGGGUUUAUGCAUUUCGGAAAAACUUGUUGGAAGUGGUUGUCAAUACAAACAACGGCGUAGAGAGACAAAACAAAGACCUAAAGCAUGAAUUUUUGAAUCAGUACAAAGACAAUUCAUUAAGUGGGAUGGUAACGGUUUUGGUUGAACAGUUCUUUCCCGAGAAAUACAGGAGAUAUGUUGAAAAAAACACACGCUUCAACAGUAAAUACAGAAAAUAUAACACCCUGCUACCGAAAUGGAUUCACGACAGGCCGCCUAAAUUUGUCAAGCAUUGCGUUGAGAAACUUGAUUUAUGCAAAAGCAUAAAAACUGAGUGGCUGCAGAAAAUUAAGAAUCUAUAUUCUGUAAAAAGUUCAGAGAAGGGAGAGGUGUAUAUAGUAUCGUUUGGAAGUGAAGAUGAAUGGCCAAGUUGCGGAUGUUUUGAGUGGAAAAAAAAGUUCUUGCCAUGUAAACAUAUGUUUGCCGUGAUGAGUGUAUAUGGAAAAGGCUGGAAUGACUUCCCCGAACAGUACAAGUCAUCGCCAUACUUCAAUACAGAUUCUGCUUUGUAUGUGGGUGCAGUGGAAGAAGAACAACGUCACCCUAGUGGUGAAACGCUAACAUGUGAGGAUAUGGAAUUCCACAAAAUUGAAAAGCGCGUGUACCCUAAGAAAAGCAAAGCAGCCUCAUGUCGCGAGUUAUUGUCACAAAUAAGAUCUUUGACAUUCUUAGUUAAUGAUUUUGAUGCACUGGAAGACUUAGAGAUUUCUCUGAAAGAUCUCGUGCUAGGGAUGAAAGAUGAAGCUCCCCAGGAUUAUGGUCUGGAAGUGAGAGUGGUCAAGCCAAAUUCUGGGCGAAAGUUUGAUAAAAUUCCAUUACCUCGCAAAAAAGAACGCUACGUUGGACGUGUAGGUGUCGGAAAGGAUAAUUUUAAAAAAGCAGAAGCUGAUGUAAGCAAUAUCAUCAAUUUGCCAGCAAACAAGCCGAAACAGGACGCGAUUAUUGUAGAGGAGUUUAUCGACAAUGUAAUAGAUUGUAAUACUGUAACUCCGCCUCAAUCUCCACCUGUCAUUAAUUUGAUCUCACCCGAGAAAACAGGAAAAACAGACGUUGUCUCGGGCCAGUUACCGAGUAAAAAACAAUUGUUGACUUCGCGUGAAAUGGACAAAAUUAUCAACAACCAUAUGCUAACCGAUGAAUCGAUCGAAACUGCGCAGCGUUUGCUUCAAAAACAGUUUCCCGAAAUUGGUGGACUUCAGGACACAGUGGUUGGACCUACUGGCGAAUUUAAAUCAGUGAAGCCUGACCAAAGAUUUAUCCAAAUUUUGCAUACUGGUCAGCUUCACUGGAUUUGUACUACUAACAUGGACAAGCAGAAAUCAAACAACGAAAAUGUCCUGUUAUACGACAGUUUAAAUAAUGGCACAGUGAAUAACCAUUCUUUGAAACAAAUUACUGACUUCUGUUUCCACCACGAUUCUCAGCUGUAUGUUAACAUCCUUCCAAUGCAACAGCAACGGAAUGGUGUUGACUGCGGCUUAUUUGCCAUCGCUUGUGCAACCUCGCUGGCAUUUGGAGAAAAUCCGGAAGAGGUAACAUACGACGAUGCACUCCUGAGAAAGCACUUUUUGGAGUGCAUUAACGUGCAAUCAAUGUCACCCUUUCCAAAAUCAUCAAAACGAAUAUUGCGUUGCAAACUUAAAUGUUUGGUUUUGGAACUUUAUUGCGUGUGUCGUGGUAUUUUUGGAAAUGAAAGGAUGGCGCAGUGUGACAAGUGCGAAAAAUGGUUUCACGAAAUGUGUGAAAACAUACCAAACAGCGUUUUUAAGAAAUCCAACCAAAAUUGGUAUUGCAAAAAGUGUAAAAGUGUUAAGUCUUUGUUGUAACUUUAUCUUAUCUCUUAAGAAAAAAAAGAAAAAAAAAAGAAAGUGUUUUAUUCCAUUCCCGCGUGGGUGUUCAAGCCGUAGGGCCAUAGUCUGUUAGAUAUUCGGAACAACUCGCGCAAACUCGUCCAAAAUAUUGUUUUUUAUGAACCUCCGACCUGGCACUUGUUAUUAGA